GGAUGGAGCUGCGACGCUGCUGUUGUUUUCUCCGCCGCACAUUCACAUCAAGUGUCACCGCGGAGCGCGAGCUGCUCCGGAGCCUCAGCGAGGAUCAGCGCCGCGAACGGAGUAAGCAGCAGCCUGGAGAACCGAGCUUUUCUUUCUUUUUUUUUUUUUUAUCUGCUGGAGAACCGAGAACCACAACAGCUGGCAACAUCUGCCCGCCAAACCGAGCGCGUGGGGGGAUGCUUCGCGCGGGGUGUAGUGAGAGAAAAGGCGCGCGCUUAAUGAUUAGUAUGUAGACAAGAAGCUAAUUAACUGGUAAUUAUAUAAGUAGACUUUAACCCGCCCGAGUGGCUCGUUUGUCUGGCGGCGGAGUGAAAUUAGAGCAGAGCGCAGAGCCGCCGGAGGACACGUAGUAUUUAUUCUCGAGGAGUUUUCGUUUUGUCACCCGCGCGCCUUGGAUUCCGGUCGAUACCACAAAGCAAGUGUGGAGCCGAGGACGAGGUCCAAACAAACCCAGUCAGAGCUGAAUCAGAGAGAGAGAUGACCCUUGUUUUGUCCAUGAAUCCUUUCCUGGACCCAGAGGGAGACCCUCCGCUCUCCACAUACCAGCCCAUAUGGGAAUCAGAGCGCUGCACUAAGACCUGCCUGUCCAACCCUGCCCCGCCAUGCAGCUCAGAAGAACAAUUUACACAAGCAGAAGCCCCCUGUAGACGAGUACCUGAUCACGUUUCAGUGUCAAGGAUCGCAUACUUCAAGAGGAAGUUUGUUGACGAUGACGAUGAGCCUCCCUUCAGUUUCAGGACGUACUGCCAGACUGUUGCACCGGUUCUGGAGGAGCGUGCCCAUGUGCUGCGCCUCUCUCUGGAGAAGAUGCGAUUCAUCGACGACCCGGAAGCGUUCCUCCGCCGCUCCGUCCUCGUUAACAACCUCCUUCGUCGUUUGCGAGCCGAGAUCCUGCUCCAGAGCACCGACUGGUGCUUCCCACCCAACCCAGCGUUCGCCACUGGCCCCUGCGUCCUGCCACCCAGCACCAACCCCGCCCACCAGGCCCUCCACAGAGCUGUACCCACCAGGAUCUGCUUAGCACCUCAAGCUGGACCGCCGUUCCGUAAGCGUUUCCGAAUGGUCCGCGGGGGACAGGGGGACGUACGCCCUGACUGUGCCCAGACAUGCUGCUGCAUUUACGCAGCGGCGGCUGCUGCAGGACACUACCUCCACCUCCCGUUCUCCAUGUAUGAUGCAGCACUCUCCACCUGCCCAUCUACACCACACUCCUCCUCCUUUUUCCAGCUAGCUAGCCAGAGUAAGUUAGGGCUGACAGUGGCUGUAGAUGAUCACGAUGAUGAGGAUGAAGAUAUUGAAGAGGAGGAACAUGAAGAGGAAGAGGAAGAAGAAGAGAGAGAGGAAGAGGAGGAGGAGGAAGAAGAUGAUGAAAGAAGACAAGCAGGACCUUCUGCUGAUGUUAAGGACAAACCAAGCCAGAAAAGUAGGACUCGGACCUUGCUGGGUCACGCACAUGCAAGGACAGAGGACAGCUGCAUGGCAGAUCGGGUAGAAGAGGAGGAGGGAGAGCAGGAGGAAGAAGAAGAGGAAGAGGAGGAGGAGGAAGAGGAGCAUGUUGUGAGACCUUGUCAGUGGGACUCAACCACCACAGAGAGAGAGCUCCACAAGUUUAGCUUUUGGCACCGCAGGGCUCAUAGACAAUAACUGUGCUUUCUGUGAAAUUACUAAAAUUCUAAGUCUGUUAGAAUGAAAUGUAAUAAUGACAACAACUGCCAUCAGUUGAAGAUUAUUUCUCCUCAUAGCAGAUGAAGAUGUAAGCUACCUAUACUAUAGUAAUGCCAAGUCAACUUUAUUUUAAUGGUCUAUUAUACUCCAGGGUGGCGCACAGACACAACUCUAUUGGUAGAUGAAGAAAAAACACUUCUUGGCCCUUGUUGGCACUGGACACAUUUCUCAAACAAUUAUAAAGACUUAGGUCACAUAUGGCGGGAUCUUAGAUCCCAAAGGUGAAGUGAAGCUUGCUAUUGCACUGUCUCCAAGACCAUUUUCAAGCCCCACAGCACAAAACUAAAGGUCUCAGUUGGGGCUGUGUAUUGGUGCAACGGUCUCAUUUCAGGACCCUAAACAAGCCUAUGAAAUAAUGGGUUGUGGAGUGUGUGCUUCUGUGUGUGUGUGUUUGCAAGAUACGAUGUAGCAUUUUAAAACUUGAUUUUAAGCUGUUCUUUUUAUUAAUAAGCAGGGGUUACACAUGAUUAUGUGUUCCUGUUGAUUUUGACGCUGUCUCAGGCAAUGGCAAGCGACUGUGCUGCAGCAGCGGCACAAUGUGUAUACUUCAAAUUACUUUAAAACACAAUCAUGAACAUUGUUAAAUCACAAUUUAAAGUGCCUUAGUGUUUUUUAGAUACAUGUAUAUUGUGUGUUAAUGUAAUUGUUCUUGUUACUAAAUAGCUAUCUUGCAUUCCAAGUGAUUGCGUUUGACUAAAACAGGACACAGGCAUGUAGUUAAAUGCAGGGAUUCUUCAAAACGGUUCAAAACUGACGGCAAAAUUUCCACAUCCAAAAAAAGUGUUGUUUGUUUUUACUUCAGAAUGCAUGUUUUCUAGCACUUUCUGUCUUGACAAAGCACAAACUUACAGCCAACUUUUAAGGACAGAUGUUGAAGCCUCGAAAAGCGAAAUGUAUCUAAAACCUCAUUUUUGUUUGUUAGAUUUAACUGGAAAAGGCUCGUUGUGGUUUGGUUGUUCUGUCAUUGAUGAAGGUUUUACCAAAAAUGACAUGAAUCUAAAAACAUGGAACCGGAUCUCGUACUCUGAAUUUAAAAAUUGAAAGAGGCAUUAUUUUUGCCCCAAAUCCAAUCAAAAUCAUUUUAUAUUUAGUGUCUGGUGAUACCUGACGACAUUUUCCUAAUUAAUACACAUUUGAUGUAGAUUAGCUGUAGUACCUGGUUGUGCCACCAGGGGAAGCUUCUUACUUUUUAGCGACCAGAGGAGAUGGGCAGGUCUGUGUUGGUAAGCAGAGAGCAUUGUGGGGAUUUACAACAGGCCACCAUGAUAAAGUCUUGUGUGACUUUUCAUGAGGUUAUGUGUCGACACAAGCCGGGAGCGAUGAGGACGUAACUAUUAUAAUCUAGCGGUACAUGUGACAGCCCCUCUUAUAACCUACAUCACAUGUCCAUUGACUAAAAUAUUAGUAAUAAAAAUAUGAAAGAUGCCCCAAAACAUCCACAAUUGCAAUAAUUAGAUCCUGUUUUUAUGCUAAAUUAAGCUCACUGCUUCAUGACAUUGACAUCGUAUCUAAACUCUUGAAAAAAACAUGUUUAACUAUUCCUUUACCCAUCACCCUGCCUCUGUAGAGUCACACCUGUGUACCUGCCCUGAGCUUUCUUACAUUUUAAGUGUCCAAGCAUCAUAUAAAAAUAAUGUUUGCGAAACAUUACCAGCGUGUUUAUGUAUAAACUGGUGACUAUCUAUGUCAGAUUCAAAUGCGAUACUCAAAACCGUUCAAAGACAGAUCCAGUACCAAACCAGCUCUUAUCGUUAUGAGCCUUUUUGACGGCAUGAUCAGUGGAUUCUUGUUUGUUGCUGUGUCUCGUUUGGGACUUCUGAAGAUCACAUGAUGACAAACCCAAACCAAAGUUGUUAAAAAAAAAAAAAUGGAAGGACUAUGUGCUAUUGUUGUAUUUUCUUUCUUGUGACGUAGCUUAAGGCCCACGUUGUUUGGAUGGAUGGGCUUGGCUGGUUUGUUAAGGUGAACUCAUUCUUUGUCCUGCCCAUUUUCCGGUGUACAAAACAACAUCCCCAGUGGCAUCGGCGACUACGACUAGACAAGUUAAAGCCUGUUUCGUUUGAUUUCUCUAAACCCUAAACGAUAAAGUCGUCAUUGGUGGUAUUUUUUAAAGAAUGAAAGAAUUUGACAAAGCAAUAUCUGUUUCUGAGACGAGAACAUGUAACUGCAUUGUCUGUUAUUAAAAACAAAAGAGCGAGUCUGCUCUGAUAAUUUCAUGUGAUGUUCUGUGACAAGUGUAAAGAUCAGUAAAAAGAGAUGUUGAAAAAA